CUUUCCUCAUCGCCUCGGCCGCUCAAGAUCAAGGAACAGUUGCAUUUAUCUGAACUUGGGACAAUGUCGAUCGAUCUCACUAUUAACGGAAAACUAUAUUCAGUGAAAUGUGAAGAAUAUCCUGCCGACAUCACCUUAAACACAUUCAUCCGUGAAUAUGCUAAGUUGUUCGGAACCAAAUUCUAUUGUUUGGCAGGAGGAUGUGGUUGCUGUACCGUUACCAUUCGAACGCAUCAUCCGGUGUCUAAUCAGUACUACAGUCGAGCAGCGAACUCGUGUCUCACUCUUUUGAACGUAUGUAAUAAUUGGGAUGUAGUAACAAUCGAAGGGUUGGGAGACCGACAUACUGGCUACCACCCAUUGCAAGAACGGCUAGCUCACUUCAAUGGCACCCAAUGUGGAUAUUGUUCCCCAGGAAUGAUAAUGAAUAUGUACAGCCUUUUAGAAGCAUUUGGGGGAUCAGUUUCUUCAGGGCAAAUAGAGAACAGCUUUGGUGGCAACUUGUGUAGAUGCACAGGCUAUCGACCAAUUCUUGACACAAUGAAAUCAUUCGCAUCCGAUUGUGAAUAUGAGUUCGUCGACAAGGAGUAUGACAUCGAAGAUUUGCGGCUUUGUCCGAAGGUAGGAAAAGUUUGUGGUAGAAAGUGUCAGAUUCCGAAAACUGUAAAGAUAGAUGAUCACCGACUGUGGUACCAUCCGCAAAGUUUGGCAGAGAUUUUCCACAUUCUGGAUAACAUUCAUGACAGUCGUUAUAUGCUGGUUGCUGGAGGCACAGCCCAUGGAGUUUACCGAAGAGAUCCUGAUAUUGAAAUUUUUAUUGAUGUGAAUAAUGUGAUGGAGCUUCGCAGCUAUAACAUUGGGGACAUUGUUGAGUUGGGGGGAAACAUGCCGUUGACAGAAAUGAUGAGGGUGUUGCAGGAAGCAUCGGCUAAACCUGGAUUUGAAUACUUUAAGGAAACUUUGAAACAUUUGGAUUUGGUGGCUAGCGUACAAGUUCGGAAUUUUGGAACGAUUGCUGGCAAUCUGAUGAUCAAGCAUGCUCACAACGAGUUCGUUUCGGACAUAUUCACGAUGCUGUUAACUAUUGGAACCCGAAUUGUAGUUGCCAACUCUUCCUCUCAGGUAGAAGGAACACUGCAGGAAUUUCUGAAUUACGACAUGAGGCGUCAAGUAAUUGUGAAGCUCAUCCUGCCCCAGUGGGAUAAAAAUACAACUUUGUAUGGUGCAUAUAAGAUUUUACCACGGGCUCAACAUGCGCAUGCCUUUGUAAAUGCUGGAUUUCUUUUCACAUUUUCUGGAUCACAGGUUAAAUCAUCGAGGAUAGUAUUCGGGGGAAUAAAUCCACAUUUUACGAUAUCUGAAGCGACUGCAGACUUUUUCAAAGGUCGCAAACUUUUUGACCCGGAGACUUUCGCACAAGCAGUUGAAAUUUUAGAUACUGAACUGCAACCCGAUUGGGUUUUGCCGGCACCGUCACCAGAAUAUCGUAGGAAAUUGGCACUUGGGUUAUUUUAUAAGUUUAUACUAAAAAAUGCCCCGGAAAAUUUUAUAAAGCCAACAUAUCGCAGUGGUGGCCACUUACUGAAACGGCCGCUCUCAAGCGGGUCACAAUUCUUUGACACCAGAAAGGAAAAAUGGCCUGUGAAUCAACCGGUUCGGAAGUUAGAAGCAUUGUGGCAGUGUUCGGGUGAAGCAAACUACUCUAAUGAUAUUCCGCACAUGAGAGGUGAAGUUUGGGCCGCAUUUGUUCCAGCCACAAAAGUUCAUGCGACUGUCGCACAAAUUGAUGCCUCUGAAGCCCUCGCUAUGCCGGGAGUCAUUGCGUUUUUCUCAGCGAAAGACAUACCAGGAACCAACUCUUUUGUUGCGGUUGGGCUUUUUAACAUUUUCGAAAAUGAGGAGUUGUUUUGUGCUGAUAUAGUGAAGUAUCAUUCGCAACCUGUUGGUGUUAUUUUGGCAAAAUCAAACGAAUUAGCCACACUUGCAUCUACGAGGGUUCGUAUAUUAUACGAGCAUAGGACAGUAGAACAGAAAGUCAAACCAACAGUGAAAGAUAUGAUUGACCAAAGGCACAUCAUUGAGUAUGAUAACAGUGAUGAAGAUUUUGUGGAUGUGGAGAAAUCCGAAGAUGCUUUGACAAAACGGAAACGAAUUCGAGGUUACUUUGAAAUGGGUGGCCAGUUUCAUUUUUCAAUAGAAUCUCACUCUACAGUUUGUAUACCUCGAGAAGGUGGGCUACUUUUGUAUUCAGCGACACAUUGGAUGGAUUUAGUCCAGGCCGGUAUCACCAACGCUUUAAACAUUCCAGAUAAUAAGAUUGAAGUUGAUGUUCGUCGUUUAGGUGGUAGCUUCGGCUGCAAAAUAUCUCGUUCCAAUCAUGUUGCAGUGGGUUGCGCUUUAGCGAGCUGGUUAUCAAAUCGUCCAGUGCGAUUUGUCCAGAGUGUUGAAAAUAAUAUGAGAAUAUCUGGAAAAAGAUUCGCUUGCAUCAGUGAUUACACACUUUCUGUGGGUGACGAUGGGAAACUGAAAUCUUAUACUCUUAAUUUUUACGAGGACAUGGGCGUUACGGUGAAUGAGAGUCCAGUUGAGACUUUCACAAUUCCGGCUGUUGCUAAUUGUUACCAACGCAAUUCUUCUUGGAUCAUCAAUGGUGCUAAUGUUCUCACAGAUGCGCCUUCUCAUACAUGGUGUCGUGCGCCUGGAACACUAGAAGGGAUAGCUAUGACCGAAAACGUUAUGGAACAUAUUGCUUGGACUGUAAAAAUGGAUCCAGUUGACGUCCGUUUGAAUAACAUUCCUUCAGGAAGCGAGGCGAGACGUUUGCUUCUAGAUUUCAUCAAAGAUACAGAUUAUCGACAACGUCGCAAAGAUAUAAACACUUUCAACGAGCAAAAUCGGUGGAGAAAGCGUGGGAUUGCAAUAUCUCUCAUGCGGUAUCCUAUUAUCUACUUAAUGAACAUAUCCGCUGCAGUUGCGAUUUACCACUAUGACGGGACUGUCCUUAUUAGUCAUGGAGGAAUCGAGAUGGGGCAGGGAAUCAACACGAAAGCUGCUCAAGUUGCCGCCUAUACACUUGGAAUCCCACUGGAGAUGGUCUCGGUGAAGGCGUCGAACUCAUUUGAUGGAGCUAAUAGCAUUUGCAGUGGUGGGAGUAUAACAAGCGAAACUGUUUGUUAUGGUGUUCGAAAAGCAUGCAAUCAAUUAUUGGCUAGAAUGAAACCUAUUCGGGAUAAAAUGAAAAACCCUACCUGGCUGCAAGUGGUGCAGAAAAGCCACGAAGAAAAUGUUAAUCUUUUCUCACGGCAAAUCCACAAACAAGGAGACUUAGAAGGAUAUGACGUAUGGGGAAUGUCAUGCACCGAAAUGGAGGUGGAUAUUCUCACUGGAAAGUGGCAAAUAACCCGAGCAGAUAUAUUAGAAGACACUGGCGAAAGCUUAAGUCCUUUAAUUGAUGUAGGACAAAUUGAAGGAGGCUUUGUUCAGGGGUUGGGGUACUGGUUGACAGAAAAGCUUGUAUACGAUCGUCAAACCGGGGAGCUGAAGACUUUUGAUACUUGGGAGUACCAUGUACCGGGCGCUAAGGACAUCCCAAUUGAUUUCCGAAUAAAACUCUUCCAAAAGCGGCCAAACCCAAAAGGAUUUUUACGUUCAAAGACAACUGGUGAAAUGGGCACUUGCAUGUCAAUCUCUGCAGUAUUUGCUUUACGUCAUGCAUUAAACUCUGCGAGGGAAGAUAUUGGCAUUGAUGAGUGGUAUCAUCUGGGAGCUCCUACAACUAUUGAAGAUAUUGCCCUGGCUGCGGGACACACAAAGAAUGAUUUCAAGUUAAAUGCAUAAGAUCUAACUUUUACCAACCGUAUCUUGCAGCUUAGGUUUUGAAUUGCAGAAAUCUUACAAAAAUUCAAAAAUAAUCGACAAGCGUUCUUUCUACGUCGAAGUAGAGAAUAAUGGUAUAUUUUAAUCGUGCACUGUUUCAAUUUUCUUGUUUAAAUAACGGGUUAUAGGUCAUAAAAUACUCACUAAUGUUAAGUGUUUUAAUUGCA